GACUUCCCCCGGCCCUCCCUGCUGCGCCACUCACACCCGCCCUAUCCGCCCCCCGAAUCUCCCCCCUGCCUUCCCCCUGCUGUUCCUGGCGCUGCAUCCCUCCUUCCACUCGGACUCCCCACGCGCGCCCUCCCCUUCCCUGCAACCACUGCUCUCUCCGCACUUUGCCCCACAGUUCCCGCACUCCCCCCAAAGCUCCCCCCUGCACUCUCCCUUGCGCUCCCCCUUGCACUCCCCCUUGCGCCCCCCCCAGCGCCCCUGCCCUUCCCCUGAUGCCCAACCACCCGGGAUCACUCACUCCACCUCCCAGUCACAGCAAUGCUAUGCCGGUCCAGGGAUAAAGAACCCAAACCCCCCAUCCCCCCGCCCCCUGCUUUCCUGCCCGCUAGCUCUGGGCUGGCCUGAGCGUGUGGGGGAGGCGAAGGCAGCGGAAGGGCGAGGGCUCUGCUGGCGGACUGACAUCCGCCCCGAUCCCCCUUCUACCCUUCCCCCUGCCCCUCCCCCUCCUCCCGCUCCCCCCGCCUCGCCCGUCUGUUCCUUCCCCACCCACUCGCCGCUCCCGUUUGCCAAUCCCCCGGCGGACGGCGCCACUGCCGCUACAUGCGUUCCAUCUGCUGUGUCCUCCCUUCUGCCACCCACGUCCGCCAGCCCCGCUCUGCUCCGCGCAGACUUCCAACUGCGCAGCUACCCUCACGCUCUGCUCCCCGGCGUCGCGCAACCCGUUGGCUCGCGCAAAAUUGAGCUGGAACUGCCUCCCCUCGUCCGCGGCGCUUAG